AUGCCGAUAAGUUGUCCGGACAUCAACAACGAAAUGCUAGAGCGUCUCGAUUUUCCAAAAGUCGAGCUUCAUUUACAUUUCGAAGGCGCGGUGAGAUUCGAAACACUUCUUGAUCUUUCUAGGCAAAAAGGCAUUCCAUUGGCUGGUGCUAAAACUGUCGACGAACUAAAGAAAGUUCUGGUGACCCAUCAACCAGCUGAUCUCGCAAAAGUUCUGGAAGCUUUUGAAACCUUCCUGCCAGUGAUUCAUGGGGAUUUGACUGCUAUCGAACGAAUGGCGUACGAACUUUGCGAGGAUCAGCACAACAAUGGAGUCGUGUAUUUUGAAGGAAGAUAUUCUCCACAUUUAAUGCUUUGCAACAACCAGCCCGAUGUGACCGCUGCUGAUGUGGUAGAAGCAGUGAAGAAGGGAUUUGAUAGAGGAGAGGCACAAUUUGGAAUCAAAGCCCGCUCCAUACUCUGUUGCAUUCGAGGUCUCGACCGGAAAUUUCCACAAUUCAUUCUUGAUUUGGCCACUGAUCUUGCGGGCCUCGGAGUUGUCGCUAUCGAUGUAGCCGGGACAGCUCACGGAGCCGACGAGCAGUACGAGCCAGAAGUAGUCGCCGCGUUCCAGGAGGCUUACAGAAGAGGAAUCCAUAGAACAGUUCAUGCUGGAGAGUCUGGAGGAGUUAAGGAAGUGAUGAAAGCAAUUAAAGAGAUGUACGCGGAGAGAAUUGGACACGGCUACCGAAUUAUGAGAGAUGAGCAGUUGUAUAUUGAAAAUUUUGUGAAUUCGAAAACUGUUCAUUUGGAAGGCUGCCCAUAUUCUUCAGUUAUGACUGGAGCUGUACCGUUGGAUUGGAAGAAUCAUCCCAUCGCCAGAUGGGCUCAGGAUGACGUUAACUUCUCGGUUUCUCGUGAUGAUCCAACAUGUUUCGAUAAUACAAUGCUUAGUGAAUUGACACUGGCUCACAAGCAAGUUGGAUUGACUAUUCAUCAACUUUGGAAAGCUCAGCUCAAUGCCGCCCGUUCCUGUUUUCUCCCAGAGGACGAGAAAGCAGAUCUCGUGAAAUUGAUCGAAUCCAGAGAGCCGGCACGUCCAUAA